AUGGCUCGCCAACCCGCCGCGGUUGCACAUCUGCGCCUUGCGAAACCGCUCACCACUGCUUACGUACUGGGUUGGCUGUCGAGCACCACUCCGCGUCUGGCCAGGAUACUGCUCUUGUUCGCCAGACGCAAAUUGACCGUUCGAGCUGCGUGGCUGCAUACCGUCGAUACGCUCCGCGGGGCCUGUGCCAUCCAUCGUUUCCCUGCCUUCUGCGCUGUUCUCGUCGGUGGAUCGACGCUCCUUCAGAUCCCAAUCAAAGCCUUGCUCAUCACAGCUCUACCUCGGCUCAGAUCAUCUCCAAAGUCCUUUGACCAUUGGAUUGCUGGACUGCUCGCCAGAUUCUCUGCAGCUCUGAUCUCAGCGUCUGUCUCGUUCCAGCUGCUGAACAGCGCUCCCACCAAGUAUGCUCCGUCCACCGCACCAGGCGCAACAUCAAGCUUCACCAAGACUAGCCUUGGCCCGUUCGACGAACCCCCGGAACAACAUGCAGCAGAGCCGAAGAACGUACUGCCACUUACAAGACCAGAUCUUGCUGGAAGAACCUUGGACUUGACUCUCUUCGCGGUCGUACGAGCUUUGGACGUUGCCGUAUGCACGACUACCUCCUCCCUCCAACCUUCAUCACGACUGCAUCAAGCUGCAAGUAAGCUCCCCACCCCUCUUUUCUGUUUGUCGGCAGCCACAAUCAUGUGGUCGUGGUUCUACAGUCCCAGCCGCCUCCCUCAAAAUUACAACGCGUGGAUAUCUGCCGCCGCAGGACUGGAUCACCGUCUCAUGCUCGCUCUUCGCCACGCUAGAUAUGGCACCUUUCAAUAUGGCAAGCACACGGGCAUGGCCCCUCUUCUCGGCUCCAUGGCUCGCGACUAUGGCAUGCCGGAAGAGGCUGGCGAUCCUGCCAAAACGGUGCCAGUGCCAUGUGAGCUGGUGCACAUGGGCUGCGGAAAGAGCUGUGAGAAGCACGCGCUAUGGCGCUUCUGGCGUGGCUGGGCGUUUGCGGCGAAGAUGUACUUCCCGCUGCAGCUCUUUGUACUGGCCAGGCACUUGAGGAAGACUGGGCGCCCUGGAGACCGAUUCGCUGGACUGACUCAACACACGUUGACGGCAGCCUUCCAGGAGGCUACCUGGCGUUCGUCGUUCCUUGGCGCGUUUGUUGCGUUCUUCUACUAUGGCGUCUGCCUCUCACGCACCCGUCUUGGACCAAGCAUCUUCUCAUCCAGAACGGUGACGCCGCAGAUGUGGGAUUCAGGGCUGUGUGUCCUGAGCGGGUGUCUGUUGUGUGGACUCAGCAUACUGGUAGAGGAGUCUAGACGGCGCCUCGAGAUGGUGCUAUUCGUACUGCCCAGGGCUGCAGCCACAUGGCUGCCUCGCCGGUAUUUGCCUGAACACCGCUGGAAAGAGCAUCUGGCAUUCGCGCUCAGCGCUGCAGUGGUGAUGACUGCGGCGCAGGAAGACCACAGGCGUGUGAGGGGCGUGUUGGGGAGGGUGCUGCAUAGAGUCUUGAAGGCCGAUUGA